UUCGUUUUGCGUCUACAUCCGCCACACAUAGGCCUACAUUGUUUAUAUCCACACGAAGCCAGAAUGUGGUAGUUAUAUAUACAUGUAUAUCACUAUAAGAUCGUCAAAGAACUUGGUUACAUAUUGAUUGGAGAAGAAUAAUGGGAUAAUUUCCAUUCAUUGAUAUGUGACUUCACCCAACAGGAAGCAUGGAGUGUGUUGGCGUAGCCCAUCGGUGACUGACGACAGGGAAGUCAGCUGCACGUAAUUAAACAGAACUUGAAUGUCACGUACGUGUUACAAAAGGACACUGGAAUCUGGACAAGUUUGAAUACAAAGUUUCCAAUUGGAGUUAAACGAGUGAGGACAUAUACUACAGAAAACAUGUGGAAGAAAUACACAGCACGUCAGAAGUUAUCAAAUCAAAUAGCCGGGAACUCUAACGACCCAGGACAGCUCUGUGCGAACGACCUUGAGAUGGCAGACUUGCCCUCCUCUCAGUCGAUGGCUGAUAUCCUAGGAGCAGACGUCGGUGAAGACGUCUUUCAGAAAGAGGUGGCGCUCAAAACUCAGACUCAGUACGUCGGUCGUCAGGAGGCAGAGACUGAGGUGAUGAUUGACUGGAUCAUUAAAAAACACGGAAACAAGGACAAGGCACUGCUGUUCGUCGUGUCGGAAGUCUCUACAGAAUUGAAGGUUCAGAUAUUUGUGAACAACUUGCUCCACCGUGGUUCGAACCCGUCCAUCAGCGACUGCGAGUGGCAGACCCCACUCCAUCACGCCGUCAAGCGGAACUUCAAAGGCGUGUGCGCCAAGCUACUGGAGAGUGAUGCCUUACCGCACGCACGAGACAAACAUAAGAAGAUGCCUUAUCAUCUGGCUGUUGAGUCCGGCAAUGAUGAAAUCGCCGCCAUGUUGCUCAAAUACAUGCCAAACAGACUUGUCAGGGAACUCCAUUUAGCGGACGACAACAAGUUAGCCGAGUGUAGUCUCCAUUCUUUGUUACACAAAGACAUGAUGAAAUCUGUUAUGGGUAUACUGGACUGCAUGAUUGAUCCUAUCGGCAAAACCGGCCAUGUUCGAGUAUUCUAUCACCUCUUGGAAUCGGACGAACAUGGCAGGACCCCUCAUCAUCCAGAAUUCAGUUCAAAUUCCAAGUCAUGUCUGCAUCUUAUAUCCAAAGGGGGAUUUAAGUCUAUUGUGUACCAUGACGUCGUUCGACUUCUUAUCCGUAGAAAAUGGAAGCUGUUUGCUAGAUUUAGAUUUCAAAUGAACACGUUCAUGUAUUGUUUGACGCUAAUUGCUAUGACUUUUUCUGUCAUAGUUGCUACUAUGGCGACGGAGCCUGCGUCCUAUGUGGGCGCUCUUCAGAUUUCUCGUGCCGUCACUGAAGUGUGGACGUAUCUUGUUGUGAUGACGACAUUCUUCAUUGAGCUCAACCAGUUCAGAAAGCACAAACUAGAUUAUUGGAAAGACCAAUUCAACUGGAUAGACCUGAGCUCGUCAUGUCUACUGAUCGCUGUUUUGCCGCUACGCUUCACGUACAGACAGGAACAGUGGUUUGUUUACUCCAUAGGCUACCUGUUGUGGAGUCUCAGGAUAUUUAAAUAUGCAGCUGUAUUUAGACAGACGGGAGCCUAUUCACAGAUUCUGUGGCGAAUCCUCGAGCACGACUUCAUCCAGUUCACGAUUCUGUUCGCCGUCAUUCUGCUCACGUUCAGCGGGUCGUUUGUUCUAGCCCUGAGAGGGGAGGAGUCGCUUCAGCUACACUCAGAAACCAGUAACUUUUGGAAUAUUCUCUUCACGGGUGUACGUUCCCUGAUUGAGGCGCAGCCAGUUGUAGAAUAUACCGGUCCGGAUGGAUACAAGACUUUGAGCACGAUCCUGAUGGUGGGUUUCCUCUUCACGUGCUGUGUGAUUCUACUCAACAUCCUGAUCGCUCAGGUCAGCGACACCUACCAGAAUGUCCAGCGAGACGCUCAGCGUGGCCUGGAACUGAACCGGGCAUGGAUCAUCACCAGGGUGGAGCUCAACAGCCUCUUCAUUGGCAAGAACUCGCGGAUCAGCAAGUACGUUGAGAUGGAGGAGCUAACGAGUCCGGGCGACAUCCUGGAGAAGUGGGAGAACCCCCCGCUCAACGAGAUCAACAAGUACAUCAAGGACAUCUGGGACAGCCUCGAGUCACACAAACUCACGCUGCUCACAGUCACAAACCGCCUGUCUCGGCAGGAGUACGCCCUGGCCAGGAUUGAGAACAACCUGUCUCGUCUGCUCCAAGACAACGACUCGAUUACAUCUACCGUGGAAGAUCAAACUAACAUCGAAUCACAGAUAUUGAAUCCAACUAAUUUAAAUAUCCAUAUUUCACCAACAGAUGACCCUUCACAAGCCACCAGUAGUAACUCAACACAGGAACAAUAGAUGAUGAAUUUAAAAAGAAAGAAGAAGAAGAAGAAGAAGAAGAAGAAGAAGAGGAAGAAGAAAACCCCCAUUAAAAAUCUUCGCAGGAACUUCGAAAAUUGAUAUGUGAUAUUGUACGUCUUCCAGAACUUUUUUUUAUCGGAUAUAUUAUUCUUUAACUUGCAGUGCAACGUUAUUGAAGAAUAAUUUUUAUAAGAAGCCGAUUUGUUUUUAAAACAUGAAUAUGUAUGUACUUAAUGUCACUUUGUUAAUCAUUGGCUGUUGAUCACAUCGUAUGGUGUUGUCCGUUAGUGACGUCAUAUGAUAUUGUCUGUUAGUCAUGUGGUAUCAUGUCAUGUGGUUAGUCAUAUAUCUUAUUGCCUGUUAGUCAUAUUAUAUUGGUCAAAUCAAAUCAUAGGCUGCUUAUCCUAUUGUUGUAAAGGCAAAAGGUCAUUAGAUAUGUCCACUGACAUUGAUUAGGGAUUUGACACGAUAGAUUGGGGAUCGAUCGUACGACCCAUGACACCUCAAGCGAGUAUUUUAACACUGAGCUACAUCCACAUUAUUAAUUAAUAUGUAACAGCCACAGUACACUUUCUGUUUGUAUAAUUAAAAUACUUUUUUUUUAAAUCGUUUUUAAAUGCAAACAAACAAACAAAUAAAACAAAAAACCCAACCAAAUAAACAAAACACAAAACACAAAACAAAACUAAUUACACCAAGGUUAAUAAGCUCGUGUGUUGUUCCUAUACUAUCAAUAAACAUCGUUAAGUGUCUCGAUGCAUUUUAUUUAAUCUCAUCGAUUUUUUGCUUUUGCGCUCAGCUUAUUUUACGCUUUUGCACUUAGCUCCUUUUCGUAAACUUGAUACUAACUGUGUUCAUCUCUAUUUACUUUUUACUUUUUAUCAUGGCUUUUGUAUAAAUAUAUCAAUGUCCUAGUAAGUUGGAAAAAAGUGCCUAAUCCAUUUGUGUUUCUAAAUGUUUUUAAAAAUGUGUUUCAAUAAAAAAAAAAAAAAUUAAAAUAUAAUUAGAUCUAUUUCAAUUUCAAUUUAGUUUCAAUUUGACCAAAAGAGAAUUUGUAUGUAAUCUAUUAUAAUGACGUAGCCAGUAUGAGACAUGAAUUUCCCCAGAUUUAUUUUAUUAUUCCCAUGACACUGAUAUUUAUUUUACAGGUCUGGGUUUGCCUCGGCAUUUUUCCCUCUCUGGCUACGCCCCAGGAUUACCAAAUAUUUAACAACCAUUAGCCGAUGAUGAAAAAAUCAAUGUCUCUAGUGAUGUCGUUAAACAAAACAAACUUUAACUGUAACCUAGAUUAAGAAUAUCAGUUAACGGAAAUUGAAGAAUAACUCGUCAUAGGAAGAAAAUUAAACUGGGCUGUCUUUUCUAACUAAUAGUACUAAUAUAUUAAACACUAUAAUUUGAAUGGCAGCUUUAAAUUCCUUUAAUGCAUUUGUCCUACCAUAACCAGCAUUAAGUACUCGGCUACGUGUCUGAUAAAUAGUGCACAGAAUAUUGUCAUUUACUAUGGUUAAUCAAAAUGAACUGGGGUAUUAAGGAAAUUUUUAUAUUUUUUGUUUAUAUACAAACAUUAUAUUUAUAUAUUGAAUAACGUUUUAUGCAUUUUUACGUUAACAUAAAAACAAAUCUGGUACGUUUUACUAUUUUAAUAAACAUGUUUUUAAAAAAUUUUUAUUCUGCUGUAAUGUGUUAUGUAUUUCAUUAGAUUUGUAGUUGUGUUCAAAUUUUGUGUUAAUAGGUUUGCUUUUCAGUUUCCACUGAACAUUCUGUUGUGUUACUGUACAGGGUUGUUCUCAUGUAGUAACGACUUGUAGCAUGCAAUUUAUAAUACUUUAUAUUGUAUGCUACUCUUACUGUGUAAGUUGUAGCUUGGGACCAAAUUUAGAUACAUCUGAAUUACAUAAAACAAAUCAUUACUACAAGUUGCACAGUAUGAAUGCAAUUUUAAACACAGUUACGAGUCAGAGUGCACAGACACGUUAAGACGCAUAGUACUUGUGUACAAACUGGUUUUUAUAAAUAAAAUGAAUUUGAU